CUAUGGCGGCUCCCGUAGAAGAGACGUUCCAUAUACGCUCGCUUUUGGAUGCUGCUAAUAACUUAAAUAGCAUAUUACUGAAGAGCCCAACGCCACAGUCGGCUGAGGGAAAGGGUAGCCUUGACACAUGUCGUCACCGCUGUGAUGUUCUGCUGACGAAGUGUACGGAGACAACAGCCGUUACUGCCGAUACUACAAAAGACUGCCUCCAGGAAUAUGCACAGAUCCUGCUGGACUUCACAUUCAUCCAUGAGAAUGAGCUGGUGGACGAGAACUUCCCGGAGACAAGCACCAGCUCCAGGAUAGCCAAGAUCUUGGGAUACUUUGACAGUUUGCUGGAUCUGGCCAAGGAGGUGUUUCCUAACAUCCAGCCAAUGGAGAGCCUGGGUGUUGAGCUGAUGGAGUGUGUGUUGUGGCGGAAGGGGGCGCUGUUCUACAUGUACUGUCACCAGACGUGGCCUGACACGGACAGGCUCUGUCGCAACAAGACCAACUUCCAGCAGAAUCUACGCGAUGGCGUGACGUACCUGCAGGAGAUGCUAGCGGUCAGACGACCACUCCCAGCUGACCAGUGUUCAGGAAGAGAUGAGGAUGACACCUUCACUCUCAUGAAGUCGGGAAUCUACUCCGACACCCACCUUCUAGCGCUGAUGUAUGCGGGGGAGAUGUGUUACUGGUUUGUCAAGGGACAGAAGGAAGAGGGGUUUGAGAGCAUGGCCGACUUCCAGGCGAAGGACACCGGCACCCGGCUCCUCAAGUCCUACAUCGAGGCAAUAAAGGGGCCACUACAAGGCGCGGGCUGGAACACAGACAGAGCCCAACAGAUUCUCCGAUACUUUGACGACUAAACAUUGCUAGUCCUUGACAGAGACAUUGAGAGUUGUGGAUUAUCCUAGAGAAUCUGCUUUACAUGUUUUUUUCUGUUAUGACAAAGAACUGUUAUAUUGCUGAUCAGGGCAUGCAAUCUUUAUCCCUGUGAUUCAUACUAUUCUGAUGACAGCAGUACAAUACAGUACUAUAUUACAGUACUGGAAUUUGAUCUGGUACAGGGUACCAUGUCAUUAUCAUACUGCUACCUUGGAUAGGAGAUCGGAUGACCAAUAUGGCUGACGACUUUGGAUUUUACUUGUUCUUGAAGACCAACUCUCCGCGGCAGUGUGGCAUCAUUCCCUACAGGGUGUGAAGCCCUUUGCUGGCAUCCUCUGCCGUGAUAUUGAUGGAAUAUUGCUGAACGCAAUGUAAAACUCACUCCUUAAAACUCGCUCACACCUUCCCAGACAGCUUGCAGCGAUGCUCACAAUAUCAGCCUCUAGUUUUACCUUCACAGCUCAAUGCCGUGUUUAACAAUCUUAACAUUGAGCUGUGGGUAGCCCUAACACUAACACAGAUUAUUUAGAUAUGAAAAUGGUAUUCAUAUGCCCCCAUAGUUCAAAUCAUAGUAGCGUAUUAAUAUAAGACUCUACGAUCCUGUACGCAUCUCACUGGCACACAAUAUCCUAAUGCAGUUGUAUUUGUUGAAUCUGUCCAGCUCAUGUGUACCCUCUAUACUGUUUUAAGCUAAGACAGACCAAAUAUGACAUAUAUUACUCAAAAGAAGUGAAGGAACGCUUGAAUCUUUCAUAUGACUAUAGUUAAUUUGUCAAAAUUUUGUUCCUUAACUUCUUUUGAGUAGUAUAUAAUGUCAUUGCUAUAGUUGUGUUGAACUGUGUAUUUCAUUAUCAACACAUUUUCCAGAAUUUAUGGGUUUAGGUCCUAACAUGCUUGAUUUUUCCUUGGAAUGUUUGUUUGGGCACAUGGGUACACAAUUCGUCCAAAGCUUCGUCCAUUCUUGCCAUAACCCCUUCUCAGGAGACAAAGUCUUUUAGAAUGAUUCACUGAUUUGUCUCUAACCACAGCAUCUUCUCAUUGAAACUCCCGAGCGACCCAGACAUCUAAGACGCCGCUAUUUACUUUGCAUAGUUCCAUCCCUUGAAACCAGAAACCUAUAAUCGUGGUUUCGAAUGCCGUUUCUCCCUGAUUAUGUUUCUAGGUUAGUCAGCAUCAGAACGUGCUCGUGGGUUUCACCAAAGUGGUCAACAUCUGAAACCUGCAUCACAUUAACCCGAUGUGCCAUGAUAUAACUGGCAUACUGUUCAAAGUGGCAUUAAUAAACCCAACUCACUCACUCACUCACUCAUUAAAAAUCAUAUCUAGGCUUAUUUUUGGAAGAGGGACAAAAAAUACACUAUUUUUUAUUUAUUAAAUUAUUUCACUUUUCAAAUGUUUAGAGUUGAUUCGUAUACCAAGUUUUAAAUAAAUCUGGUCCUACACUAAUUACACAGUGUCCGUGCUACAACUAGACCGACCAACCAUCACAGACAGCAACCAUGGAGCACACAGCCUCUGAAAGACCCUGUAACUGCAUGGUCUUGACAGAACCUUUCUUCACUUAUCAACAUCUGAUUUUCUGAAUACCAUGGCGUCCAAACUAGGGUCUCUCAUCCAGUGCACAUUGUCCUAAGUAGCGACUAAUGAGAUCGGGUGGUCAGGCUCUCUGAUUUUGUUGAUGCAUGUCAUCGUAUCCCAAUGGUGUAGAUCAAUGCUCAUGAUAUUCAUCACUGAAUUGUCUGGUCCAGACUCGUUUAUUACAGACCGCCAACAUAUAGCUGGAAUAUUGCUGAGUGCGGCGUUAAACAACAAACAAACAAAACAUCCAGUACACUAAUAUUCAAACAGGAACAUGAAGGUCAUUCUGAAAGAUUUGGGCUCCUGACAUCCACUUUCUGUAUGUUUUGUGAUUCUGUGUAGUCCAGUGUAUUCCUGUGUUUAGUGUAGUCCUCAUACUCAGCACAUAGAGGUAGACUUGUUCAAGACUUCAUUCACACAUUCCUCGAUGUUUCAUUGUAGUUUUUUCUGAUGUAGUUAUUGUGAGAUCUAUGUAUCAUUUAUUGCGAGAUCUACCCUUCUUGUUUAUUGCGAUCUGUUUACCUUGAACCCCUUCCCAGUGAAAUCAUAUGGAAUUACAAAUCCUGGGCAUGGAUCUUUGUCUAUACAUACAUUCCAAACAGUGAUCCUCCAGAAGGUGUCUCUCUGGAUAAAUGGGGUUUCAUUACAUCUUCUUUAUUGAGAUCUAUGUAUCUUGUUUGCUGUGAGAGUUCAUGGACUGGAUGGAACAGCCCGAUUGUGGAGUGUAUCGGUUUGGUGGUUAUUGUUGGGAAACCUGCAACGUCGUAUUUCGGAGUCCCUUGUCCCAGGGUCUGUGUAGUGCGCCCCUCGUCACCUUGUGUAUGAUCCAUGGUCUGUCACCACCCUACCUGUGUUUUAGCACUGCAUCCCUUAAGUCUCUCCUCCAAGGUGAUGCCAUGAUAUAACUGAAAUACUGUUGAAAGAGGCAUUGAACACCAUCUCUGAAUUUUGCUUUACUAGUUUAGUAGAACAUGUUUUACGAACUGUCUUCAUAUUGUGUAGUCAAGUAAAGUAAAGUAUACACUAUGUAAAGCAUUGCUUGUGUACAGCCAACCUAGCUGUCAGUGAUAGACACACAUAGGUGAGAUGCAAGCCCUUUGUCCUCCAUGUCAAUACUUCAGGCUGUGUUCCUCCAUCGCCGGGGGAUACAUACGGUUGUUAUGCAAUGUAGUUGUGACAUGUCAGCUUAUGAAUGAGGCUGUGUGUAAGUGAAGUCAAAUGAGCUCCACUCUGUGUCUGAACAUAACGUGAACCCAGCCGUUUCCUGACUUUGAAGCAAUGUGGAGAGCCGAUACCACAUUUCUAUUGAACGUUCCAUGAGAAUAUUGUCAAGCGAGAAACAUUGCCGUUUGUGUGAUAUAACCAGAGUGUUCAUUGAGAAGUUCCAUCUUGCUGGCAUCUUCCCGAAGCAAGGGAGUUAACUGACUAUGAAAGUCCAGUUUCCACCCUUGCCGAACUAGGCUCGUAUUAUGGAGUUAUAUUUUGGCUGGACUAACGAGUCAAUGCAUAGUCCAAUCAAAAAGGCAUAACGAAAACGACAUCCGGUUCAUAUAUGCUGCCGUGCAGAAAUCAGUUGACUGCAGGAUUUGCAAAGCAUGUGUACCGCCAAUUCGGCAUCAACAGAUUCAUUCCAGAUCUUUUUAUGUUUUUAAUCAAGGUGCUCACAUGAUUUGAUGCAUUUUGCGAAGUAAGACUCGUAAGACUAUAUAGAUUUUGAUUAUCGGUCAUUUUGUUUGAAGCAAAUGCAAGUGAUAUGAGAGUUGGAAUCUGAUUGAUCAGUAGGAGGGUCAUAGAAGGGAUAUGACUACAAUCGAGCCCAGAAAUUCCAGCCUAAUUCGGCAAUGGUGGAAACUGGACUUUCAGUCAGUUAUCUCCCUUGCCUCAGGACGAUGUCUUGCUGGAAGCAGGUCGUUGUUUGUUUCAUUGAUAAAAACAGCAACUACAUCGCAUAUCGGUCCAACGCCCGGGAGAUGAGGAACCUAGAGUUUACUGUAAAGAACUGGUGACGCUUUAUCCUGUUCAUUGAUAGUAUCACUUUCCCGUACUUUCUUGUAUACAUGCUGUCUGGCUGAGGUGACAUUAUGCACAAGGAGCCAAUGUUUAGAGAGGAUUUUGCAUAAUUGUUGUUUCACCUGUAAGUUUUGCUUCCGAAUGUUGUUUUAUUCUAUUGGGAAAUGCAAGAUUGCCAGCUGAAGGCCCGUACCGAUCAGUACUGUCUUUGUGUGAGAGUAUCAAGUACGAGCGACAACUGCUGUGAGCUUGUGUGUAGUGGUGUGCUCUAGAUAAGCCUGUUGUGGCGUAUUCACUAUUUUCAAAUAAAGAUUCAUUGCCAGC